UGUGUUGAAAAUCUAUUUUCAUGUUUUUCUUCUUGUUAGUUCAGAAGUUCUCAUCUUACACAAUUUGAAAUCUAGAUAGGCGCGCGGCGGUCAACUAACUCGGUCCUUCGGCACGCUCCGCCCUCGUUACCAUGGAAACUCCCUUACAAUACUUUCAUCUGUGACGCUGAAGUCAAUCUUGAGCUAAACAGCAAAGACAACCAUGAUAAAGAGCUUGUGAUGUUAUUAUAUGGCCUGCAGUCGUCACUCGGAGAUGUCGCUACACAACGAUAUUAAAUUUCCACCCAUAACACCGUCACAAAAAAAGAGUCUUACUAAUUAUUUAAGUUCACACACCUACCCUGUCCAGUCAUCAGAGGAGCACAAUGGGGAAAGUGGCGCCCUGUCUGUUCGACCUGCAGCAAGAAAGUUGAACUGGAUGGAUUCCAGUCAUAUUUUUGCUGGCCCAUGGAGAAAGCCUCAGCUCCUGAUUCAGCUGGAGAGCUAUGUGAACAAGGAGCUUCAAACUAUCAGCUUUGAUCAGCCAGCAUUUCAGGAACUAAAACUACAGAUCUACCGUGACGUUUUUGGACGAUUCAUUAAAGAGUUCAAAACCUACCAACCCCUUCUGUCUGCUAUCAAAAAGGAAUAUGAAAACAUUUUAACAUUCCAGCAGGAUCAAAUCCAAAAACUGGAACCACUGCAAUCCCAUUUUAGGCUUGCGUCAGAAGAAUGUGAUAAGAAGAUACAAGCUCACUUAGAAGAGGAGCAGGCCAAGAUUGGAGCCUUGAAAAGGGAGAAUCGGCAAAUGCAAAAAACCAUUGAGGAUAUGAAGGAGAAAGAAAGGGCGAUGCAAAGAGUGGUGGACCAUCUGCAGGCUGAAGUCUCUAACCAGUAUGUGCAGUACCGGGAGGAGGGUGAUGCCCGUAAGCUGCUGAUCUGGCAGCUCAAUGACUUAACAGGAGGCUCUGUUAAGGAGGACCCUGCAGAUCAAAAAACAGAGAUUCAGGACCCUGUGGUGCUGCAGCUUGCUCUAAAGGUGUGUCGGGAAGACCUGACCAAAGUGCAGACGGAGCUGGUCAAGAUAAAGGCGGAGCACUGGGAUGUUGUGCCGCGAUGCAAGUGGGACACCCUGACACAAACACACACACAGACCCUCCUGCAGUUGCAAACGCUUCAGGGCGACUUUGAUCGGUUGAAGAGUGAGUAUGACAACCUGCUGGAGCUCCAGGCAAGAGAAACCAUGCAGAACAAGAGACAAGACUCCAUCAGUGAGCAGGUGUUGGAACUGAGGAAGGAAGUCCCUCAGAAGUCUGCCAAGGAAAUAGAAGAACCGAUGGCCUCAUCUCAGAGCAAACCAGACAGUAACACCAUCUCCUCUUAGAUACUUCACAUCUCUGUACAAACCAGAAGCCUUUCACUGUUUUUUCAGGCUGGUUUUGGGGUUUGUUGUUCACUUGAGGCAUUCCACAUCUCUCAUAUGCAGCCAUUGUCAGACCUCUGUGCCUUCCUGUGGUGAAAAUAUUGAAUAAGACUUUCCUUUUUAGGUGACCUCAGAGGCUUUAAUGUGUCAAUCUGGAUGCACCAUUAUAUGUUUUCAUGUUUCAUGCAUGGGACUAGAUUCCUCAUUAAUCGUGUAUUGUGCCAAUACACAUUUUGAGCAGCUCCUACCAUUGAAACAACUGCAAAUGUCCAUGCAUUAAUAUAGCCGUAUCAUGUCAAACUGAAGAGUUUAUUCUAAUACAAAUCUUUUCACCUCCAGUGUAGAUAGGAGUGUUGCAUCAUAGCUCUCAUAAAAAAAUAUUGUGGGCAUUGCUUUAAAGGCUCUUGGGGAAAAAAAGUAAAAAGAAACCAAGGAAGAAAAAGGAUAAAAGUGGAAACCAAAAAUAUAGGGAAUUAAUACAAGGGCCGGACAGAUAUGGGAUUUCUGGGGCUAAUACCAAUACCAAUAUUGGCAAGAAAAAAAACCCAGAUACCGAUAUAUUGGCCAAUAUCUGUCUUAGAUCUAUGAUAUCUAUAGAGAUAGAUAGAUAAAAGUGUACACAUUUAUUGUGUUGAUCCCUUUAAAUGCAGUUAUCAAAGACUUGUGUAAA